CACUUUUUCCUUCUAAGACCAACCUCACGGGUACUUCCGCCAAGAAAAGUAGUGCGAGAGGCAUUUUCCGUCCCGCCACCGGCGGUGCUGCAUCGCCCUCUCGCCAUCCUCACCCCGUUCCCGCCGAACCCGGCGCGGUCGCGCUCCCACGCGCGGUCGAGAGAGCCUGCGGGGUCCCGGGAAGCGAGCCGGUGCGCGGAUCCUUCCGCCUGCUGUAUCGGUGCUGCGGCCGCGCCGCCGCCAUUUUGAAUGCCCGGCUCUGUCCGCUGCUGCUGCUGCAGGGACCGGCCUGAGGAUGCCAGCCCCCAUCAGACUGCGGGAGUUGAUCCGGACCAUCCGGACAGCAAGAACUCAGGCAGAAGAGCGUGAGAUGAUCCAAAAGGAAUGUGCUGCUAUCCGGUCAUCCUUCCGAGAGGAAGAUAACACGUACCGAUGCAGAAACGUGGCAAAGCUGCUGUAUAUGCACAUGCUGGGAUAUCCUGCACAUUUUGGACAGUUGGAGUGCCUCAAGCUUAUUGCAUCUCAGAAAUUCACAGACAAGCGCAUUGGGUAUUUAGGUGCCAUGUUGCUGCUGGAUGAGAGACAGGAUGUUCAUCUUCUUAUGACCAAUUGCAUCAAGAAUGACCUUAAUCAUAGCACACAGUAUGUGCAGGGGCUGGCACUUUGUACUCUUGGCUGCAUGGGCUCCUCAGAAAUGUGCAGAGACCUUGCAGGAGAGGUGGAAAAGCUCCUCAAAACUUCCAAUUCCUACCUUAGGAAGAAGGCAGCGCUGUGCGCUGUCCAUGUCAUCAGAAAGGUGCCUGAACUCAUGGAGAUGUUCCUGCCAGCCACCAAAAACUUGCUGAACGAGAAGAACCACGGUGUUCUUCACACAUCAGUUGUCCUCCUCACAGAGAUGUGUGAGAGAAGCCCAGACAUGCUUGCACACUUUAGAAAGAAUGAAAAGCUUGUUCCCCAAUUAGUUCGUAUUCUGAAGAACCUUAUCAUGUCUGGAUAUUCACCAGAGCAUGAUGUGUCUGGGAUCAGUGACCCCUUUUUGCAGGUACGAAUCCUGCGGUUACUAAGAAUUUUAGGAAGAAAUGAUGAUGAUUCUAGUGAAGCAAUGAAUGAUAUACUUGCACAGGUUGCCACUAAUACAGAAACAAGUAAAAAUGUGGGAAAUGCCAUUCUCUACGAAACUGUGCUGACUAUCAUGGAUAUAAAAUCUGAGAGCGGCCUGAGAGUCUUAGCCAUUAACAUCCUAGGCCGUUUCUUAUUAAACAACGACAAAAAUAUUAGAUAUGUAGCUUUGACAUCAUUGUUGAAAACUGUGCAGACAGACCAUAAUGCAGUACAGCGGCACCGAAGCACCAUUGUGGACUGCCUGAAGGAUCUGGAUGUCUCCAUUAAAAGGCGUGCAAUGGAACUGAGUUUCGCUCUUGUUAAUGGGAACAAUGUCCGUGGAAUGAUGAAGGAGUUACUGUAUUUCCUAGAUUCUUGUGAACCAGAGUUCAAGGCAGACUGUGCAUCUGGAAUAUUUCUUGCAGCUGAAAAGUACGCUCCUUCCAAGCGCUGGCACAUAGACACAAUUAUGAGAGUCUUAACAACGGCAGGAAGUUAUGUUCGUGAUGAUGCUGUUCCCAAUCUGAUCCAGUUAAUAACUAAUAGUGUGGAGAUGCAUGCCUACACUGUGCAGAGACUCUACAAAGCCAUCCUUGGAGAUUACUCCCAGCAACCCCUGGUACAAGUUGCCUCCUGGUGCAUAGGAGAAUAUGGAGAUCUGCUGGUGUCUGGUCAGUGUGAAGAGGAGGAACCAAUACAGGUAACAGAGGAUGAAGUUCUUGAUAUUUUAGAAAGCGUCCUGAUAUCUAAUAUGUCGGCAUCUGUGACACGAGGCUAUGCUCUCACUGCCAUCAUGAAGCUUUCCACAAGGUUCACCUGCACUGUCAAUCGUAUUAAGAAGGUAGUUUCCAUCUACGGCAGCAGCAUUGAUGUGGAGCUACAGCAGAGAGCUGUGGAAUAUAAUGCACUUUUCAAGAAAUAUGAUCACAUGAGGCCAGCGCUGCUUGAGAGAAUGCCAGUAAUGGAGAAAGUCACCACAAAUGGCCCUGCUGAGAUUGUACAGACCAAUGGAGAGACAGAGACAGCAGUACUGGAAACCAAACCUCCACCCUCUGGAUUGCAGCCUGCUAACCAGGCAAAUGAUUUAUUGGACUUGUUGGGGGGAAGUGAUAUAACACCUGUAAUUCCCACUGCACCUACAAGCAAGCCAGCCUCUGCUGGUGGGGAGCUGCUUGACCUCCUGGGAGACCUCAACUUAACAGGCUCUCCAGUAACUGCCCCUGCACCUCAGAUAGCACAGCCUCCGUUCCUGCUCGAUGGACUUACAUCUCAGCCUCUCUUCAAUGAUAUUGCUGCAGGAAUCCCCUCCAUUACUGCAUACAACAAGAAUGGGCUGAAGAUUGACUUCACCUUUGAGAGGUCAAACACCAACCCUAGUGUCACUGUAAUCACGAUACAGGCCUCCAACAGCACAGAGCUGGAUAUGACAGAUUUUGUUUUCCAAGCUGCAGUACCAAAGACAUUCCAGCUGCAGCUUCUGUCUCCCAGCAGCAGUGUCAUCCCUGCAUUUAACUCUGGGACCAUCACACAGGUCAUUAAAGUCCUGAAUCCACAGAAGCAACAACUACGUAUGCGGAUCAAGUUGACAUAUAAUCACAAGGGCUCAGCGAUGCAGGAUCUAGCAGAGGUCAACAACUUCCCACCUCAGUCUUGGCAAUGAGGCUCUGGCACCAUUCUUAUUCUCAUCCCACCCAAUCAAAAGAACUCUGGGAAGAAGGUUGUGAUCCUUGGCAAUCCCCCAAACUGCACCAUGGGCAUGGGGAACAAAUGAGACCUGCUGAUGAGGAGGAAUUUUCCUGAAGUGAUUGCUGACUUUGAAGCAUAUCUGUUAAGACUAAUCUCCUCUCCUCUGCUGAUGAGGCUGGCGGCUUGUGGAGGCUACUGUGCACUCCCUCACACAUGCAUUCACAGCCAGAAGCAACAUUCCCUUCUCCCCUUCCCCACCCUCCUUCCCUCUCAAAAAGGAAUACAGCCUGGUUGGAAGAGAAGUCUGGAAUUUCUAGCAGGGAAACUUUCUUCUCUCUGCAGCAAGUGAGCAGUUGCUCCUUCUUUCUGCUGUCUUUUUCUCCCUAGGGUGGGUAAGGCGUGUUGUCAUUCAUUUCUAACUGGAUUCCUUCAGGCAUUUUCAUCUGGGAUUCAGAUGGGGUCUUGGGGAAUGUCAGGCUGCCCUGCCUCUUUCUUCUUGUAUUCCCUAGGUCUUAAGGGGCUGGAGGCUUCUUAUGACCUACUCAGUGCAUUAUGUAUACACCCACUUCUUAGUUAUGUGCUGCAUACCAAGAGCACGUGAGGCCUUUGGAGUUCAUCUGCAAACCUGGGACACAGUGCAGGAGAAGAGGUGCUGGUAAGAGUUGGUAAAAUUGCUUUGGUGCUGUACUUGGAAAUGAAGCCCUGAUGCCUGAAUUUUCUUUCCUUCCAUCCGUAGCCACAGCCAUGCAGAUUCAGUCUUCUGUAGCUUUCCCAGAAAGUGAAGUCAGUUAUGAGAGAUGUAGAGAUAAAAGGAACAGCUGGUUUUCUACCACAUACGGUUUCAGUCUUUCAACCUGUUAGUUGUGGUUUAUGGGUAGAAAAGACACACUCAAUUUGGUAGAUCAGUUUUUGAGCAAAGGUUUUGCUCUUGCUGGGAGACUCAUCAGAGACUAUGCUGCAAAGUUGUUCUUCCUGGUUAUUCCAGAACUUCUCGCAAAUUUUAUUUCCAGAGCCUGUUGUAGACCCCCCUGGGUUCCAUUUGAGUUACUUCUGACUGGGAUAUUUGUGUUGUAUCUGUAAUAUUGGCACUGAAAUAAAGACCAUGCAGUUUAAAGAGAA